CCCACCAUACUUUUGGUUGUCUCAGCUAAAGCUGCAGUUUUGUGUCAAUUCAAUCACAUUAGCUAACAUAAUAUGUAUUGAGUUAUUUUAAUAGGUAAUUUCUAACCUCAGUUUAUUUAUAAAACUAAAAUCAUGAAUACAACCACGUGUAUCCUAGUUGCUUCAAAUGCUGUCUCUUCUACAGGUGUGACAAUUACCUCUGCUUCAUUAUCCACACAGUCUGGGGACAAGAUUGCCAUAACUAGAAAUUUGAUCCAGCCACCAGUGGAUAAUGGCAAUAUGCAGGAACUACUACGCUGCCAACGACAUAUUAGUUUCUCUCAGCUGGGCCGCUCGCUGCUUCAACCAAGGCCUGUUGCAGUAGCCAGGCGGAAUGAAAGAGAGAGGAACCGUGUGAAAAUGGUAAACAUGGGCUUUGCAACACUAAAACAGCACGUUCCUAACAGCGCUAAAAACAAAAAGAUGAGCAAGGUGGAAACACUCCGAGCAGCUGUGGAAUACAUCAAAGAACUUCAGCAGCUUCUGCAAGAGCAGAAAAACUCAGCUACUACGUUAGGAGAAAGAGAAAUCCUAGUCUAUAACCGGCAAACGAACGAGAAUUGUUAUCGAACACCAAACAGCGUAGACUCAAUCCACGCCGAUUUGAACACGACGCCUUAUCUAACCUCACAGUCGGAGAUGCCGGCACCAGUAUCUCCGACUCCAAGUCUCGGUUCAGAUGCUGCGUCUCCAUAUUAUAGCCUCUGUUGCGACGUUGGUUCUCCACGUCACAGUUUGAGGCAUGAAGAAGAAAAUUCGCUAGACUUCUCCUCCUGGUUUCCUUAAUGUAUUAUCAGCUGCAAAGAUUAUCAGUACGACAAAAAUUCUCAACGACUACACUUCUCUUUUUUUAGACUGUUUUUCUUUUUACUUCCGGCGGAAGAAGUUUCAGUGUAUAAGACAGAUCUGACCUGCAGAUUAUGUAGCAUUAGGUGCUCCAAAAUCAACCGCCUCACAAGAAGGAGAUACCAUCAGGUCAAGACGUAGACAGAAUGAGCUAAAAUGUUUUGUUAGCUACACACCUAUAGGGUGGAUAGCAUGAUGAAACAUAUGGUCAGGAGUACCUGGCUAUUUCGUGAGAAUGUGGGAAAUUUUUUUAAGAAAUCAUCUUAACUCAAACCAUAGAACCUGUCCUGCUUCUGUGACGGAUUACCUGCUUUCCCGUGGGUAUGGACAGGAAGUUUCCAUUGUUAAUGUAUAUGGAAAAAUAUUUUAAAAGCCGAAUUUCCUGUGAGAAAGGAAAAUUAAAAGUAUAACGGAAUAACUUUAGAGAUACACGUGUGUAUAAGUAAUAUUUACUAUACCAAGAACAUUUAUAACUGCAGAAACAAAACACCUAUCUUAUUCUAUAUGUAGACUUCAGUUUAUACACUUAUAUAUAUUGAUAAUUCUGUUUUUGAGCGUCUGAACUGCAAACUGUUUAUUGUAUUAAAGUAAUGCAUCAUACUAUUUUAUUCAUUAGAAUCGUUUACAUAUUUUUUAACCUUUUCCCAUAGCUAUAUAAUUCGUAGUUUUGAUAAUUCAUAAAUAGAAAAAAAAACUACUUCAUCUUUACAGAAAAUAUUAUGCAACAGAAAGGUUUGUGUACGUUAAGACCUUUUAUUUACUGGAAAUAUAUAUUUUUUAUGAAAAA